ACCAGAGUAUUGUGACUGGCUAAGAUUAUAAACAUUUUUAAGGGGUUUUCUCUGGCAUGAUCGUCUGAAAAUUACAUACAGAGCCUGAGAUCAUGUCCACCACUACCAGCACAGAGUCUGUUAUUCACAAUCCUGCUCGCAGGAGAAGAUGGAGCAAAGAAACAGAUCCUCCUACCAUGAGUAUUAUUCUGCUGGGUAAAGAUGUUUCAACAAACUGUCGAGUUGGAAACUUCAUGUUGGGAAGAUCAGCGUUUGAUAGUGAAGCUCCUCCAGAUGAUCAUCAGAUUGAGAGAGUCAGAGGAAAAGACAUGAUGAUCAUCAACUGUCCUCAUCUGCUCCAGCUGAACCUCUCAUAUCAUCAGAUCAUACAGACAGUGAGAGAGUGUGUGGAUCUGUCUCAUCCAGGACCUCAUCUCAUCCUUCUCAUCUUUAAACAUGAUGAUUGUUCAAGAGAAGAUCAAGAGCAUGUGGAGAUGAUCCUCAACUAUUUCUCUGAUAGUGUUUAUCAACACACACUGGUGCUCACAACACACGACUCACACAGUCUUCAUAAGACUGAAGUCAAUGACAUUAUAAAGGAAAUUAUUAAAAAAUGUCUUAAUAAACAUUACAGACUUGAGAGGAACAGCUCUCCUGAUGAACUUAAAAAGAAAUGUGAAGACAUUGUCAGAUUGAAUGAUGCCCGUUAUCUGAUUUGUGAUGAAUUUAUAGAUUCACAGAGUUUCAAAGUGAAGGAGCAGACAGAUGAAAGAGGUAAGUGUAAACAUAUUUUGUGA